GUUUUGAACGCGGUAACUGUGUUUUUUUGUAAUUUAUUUAAUGUAAUAAUUGUAAUUAGUAUAAAUUUUUUUUUGUAAUGUCAAAAUAAUAAUAAGUAAUUAUUUAUAGUUCUAAAAAUAUAAACUAAUAUAUAAGAAAUGUGUGUGUUACUCUGAGAUAAGGAGUUAAGAUAAAUAAAUGAUGUUGUGUACUAUUUUGUAAAUUAGAAUAAAUUAGAAAAAAUAAAUAAAAAUGAUGAAAAUAUCGGCUUUGAAUAAGGAGUCCAGUGAGGAGAGUGAUGAAGAAAAUACACCGACAAUUACUAAAGAAGCCGAGGAGCAAAUCGCUCUAUCGGAGUACAAUAAAGGAUUAGAGCUGAGAAAAGAAAAUAAGAUAGAAGAUGCCUUGACUAUAUUUAAAGAUUUGUUGGAGACUGAGCUGCUGGACCAGGUGGAGAAGCCUGAAGUUCCUGAUGGACGAGCCCGGCCAAUGUUGUCCUUGAAAUAUUGCUGCUUUAAAAAUAUCGGAGCAAUUUAUAACCAAAUGGAAAAUUAUGAAGAAGCUAUUAAUAAUUACUGGGAAGCUGCUAAUCUAGAUGCAAGUGAUGUAAUGCUAUGGUGUCGUAUGGGUACGAUAGCGAUGAAGACAUCUAACUUAGAGUUUGCUUGCUCAGCGUUCAAGCAAGGGCUCACGUGUAAUCCCAACCAUUGGCCUUGUUUGGAUAAUAUCAUCACUACAAUGUACGCGGUGCCAGAUUAUAUGAACUGCCUGCUAUACAUAUCUAUGGCUCUGGAAAGAGAUCCCAGUUACAUCAAAGGUCUGGCGUUUCGUGAGCAAAUAUUCAAAGAAGUUCCGUAUUUUCAGGAAAGUUAUAAAUUAUUUAAUGUCGACUGGGCGCUGGAUCCGCCGCUGGACACUGAAUUUGAUAGGAUUAUUGGCGAUAAGUUAAUUGCUGAGGCGAAAGAAAUCGCUGCCGGGUGGGUAGAAUUUUGCAGGCCGGAAUUUGAAUUAAAACCUUUGCCGGAUCUCUCCCUUCAUAGGCCUUUCAAAAAUCACUCCUGGCUAGACUUGGGAGAGAGUCUUGUAGAGAUGCACAAGUAUAUGAACGAUAAUAAUUUGAAUUUUAUCAGUAAAAUAAAAUUAGAUAUUCAAAAUGAGGUUGAAGUGCUGGUAAGUAAAAAUACUGAAGAAGAAAAGAGGGAAAUUGAAGAAACGACUGUAGAUAUUAGCUCUGAACUGGAAAGUGUUACUGAUGUUGAGAAAAUGGAUCACCGAGACUCUGCAGAGAUUGAAGAAGAUCAAGAGGUUCCGGAGAUUAAGCUGGACAGUGAAAUGGAUGUCGAUGGUGAUGAUGAGAAAUCAAGCUCCAGUGAUGUUCACAUUAUUGAAGAUGAAGAUCCGUUGAAAUUGGAAUCUGAUAUCGAGCAGCUAGAUCAAAGCGAGCCUAAAAUUCCUGAGGGUGUAGAAUUCCUCAACAGUACAGUUUUUGAUGAAGUGGAAAUUAUUAAGGCCAAUGAAAGUCCUAAUGACAAUACUGAAAAGUCUGUUGAAGAAGUACAGGAUAAGAGCGACCCCAAAGCUGAAUCAGCUGAGAAAAGUGAAGGUAAGUCGACGGAAAAGUCAAAUGACAAGUCAUCCAAGUCAGAGAAGCCUAGUGAAAAGACUGAGGGCAAAGAGGAACAGCAGAAAGUUAAAAAAAGACGAAGAAGCUCUUUGUGCUUCUUGCAGCAGUGGGCUUGGAGCAGCAGCAGUAUGAGAAGGUCUGCUCGAGUCCGCGGUUCCAAUAGAAGAGAAGCUGAGAGAGAUGACCUUCAGCUUGAAGAAAUGGUACGAAGAAUAUUUCCUCCAACUUUGUUGCCUGACACCGCUAAAAUAAUCCGAGAUGAUCCUACCAAAACCAUGGAGGACUCUAUGGACACCAUGGACUUGUAUCAACUGUUUGCGCGUAAAGAAAACGGGAACAAUGAAGAAAGCAAGAGUUCGAGUCCAGUUCCAUCUCCGGAUUCUCCGAUUCAGAAAUACUUUGGAACGGAGGGUGAAAAAAGUCAAGUUAUUGAUUUUAUUAAUCAGCACAGCGGUAAAAGCAACUUGAUGAUAAUAAUUGCGAGGUAUACGGAAUUUUUAAGUACUAAAUGGAACCACGAGUGGCCGAAAGAACUGACUGAAAUUUAUCAGCAAGCUUAUUUGUUUACACGAGAACAUAUUCCGCAUGCUUCGCCUUUCGGUGACUCUUCUGAGGAAGAUUCAAUCUUGAAGUAUGACGCCGAAAUGACUUUGUUAUUCAGCGAAUUGCAUACUGAUAAAUGGUUGGAUAAUAAGCCAGAAGUCUUGCCGUCUGCGACAAUCGAUAAAUUCGGCACCGGAAUUCCGUCUGAAGAACUAGGAUACAUUAUUUUUGCAAGUGUCCGUGAUAAUUUAUUAAAUGAGGAGAAUUUGAUAUUUUUAUUGCGAGUAUUAUGGGUGAAGGCGAGUAUUUUCUUGUGCCAAGGCGACACAGAUAUUGCAAUUAAAAGCUUGGAAGUUCUUCUUCACGAUAUGGAGGAAUUCAAGCAAAAUUUUCCAGGAUUAUUAGUCAAGUUACCAAACUGUAAACAUAAUUCUCGCAUUGAUAUGUCCGUAGUCCAGAAGAAGUUGACGUCAAUAGAGCGUGGGCAGAAACUUGGCGAAGUCCAGAAACUUCACGAGGAUAAAAAAUUCUAUGAGCUGUCUCUCGUGCUCAAGGACACCUUCAAGUUUGCCAAGCAACAGAAUGAUUCAUUGACCAAUGUAAAAUUAAAUAUUGACCGUAAAAAGCAGCUGUCGAUGCUGCUGGAAAGCUUGUGGCAACUGGAGCAGUACGAAGAUUGCUUCAUGUGGGGUGAAAUUUGUCUGCAUGAAGCUUGGCAGUGUUACAAUAAUAGUUCUGAUGAAGCUGAUCAGAAAAAAUGGGUACCCAGUGUGCUGAACUGCUUGGAAAAAUUGGAAUCUUGUAUUGAAAUGGUUGGAUCAUCAGUAGUGAGACAUUUAUCUGAGAGCAAAAUAACCAGACUUGUUCAAACAUCGGUCCAGAUUCUUUGUCAUCAGUUGGAUGUCCCGGACACAGCAGUGGAGAUGCCCGUGGAGUCUGUCACGCCUUGGAUUAUUCUCCACCACAUUCUUCAGUACGAAGAUGACCGCGAGAGAGCCAAGUCUCGGUUCAGUUCAAAAGCCAAAGCCGCUGAUGAUCCUGAGUCUGACUCUGAUGACGAAGACAAGGACAUUCCUGCGCCUAUCAUGUUGCUCUUUGUGGGUCACGACUUCCUUGGUCGGCAUUCCUGGUGCUGUAUAAACGAAGCUAAGCUGCUUAUUUUCACGAUAAAAACAGUCGUGCCCAGAAUGUGUAGCUCACGAUACUCUGCGGUGAGGGAAAAAAUCACUAAACAUCUGGAAAAAAUAUUCUGGUGUCUGUAUGGACACCCCAACAGAGCCAACAAAACAAAACCAAAACAUCUUGAAGAUCAUGGAGUGCCUCAAAUCCCACUGACAUGGGACAUUGCUCAAUUACUCUUUGAAUUCUACAAGCCAGAUGUCCUGCCGGAGUUCGAUACUCCUCGAGCUAUGUCAAUCAGCGCUGAUACUAAAAUUCUGUUCAAAAAAAUAAACUCACUGGUUCCAAAGGAACACGAUCCAAGUGGAAUAGUUGAUGAAAUAAAUUCUUAUAUCAUAGGUGAAAUAGAAGAAAUGCCAAAAGUUAAAAAACCACUGCCAUAUAAAAUAGAUUCUUUGUACUAUCUUCUUGGAGAUUACUCAUUUAAAAACAACAAUUGGCUCUCUGCUACCAAGUAUUAUUCAAUGGACGUUUGCCUCCAUCCAAAAGCCUUCAACUCUUGGGUUGCACUCGCUAUGUCUGUAAGCACUCUUAUGGGGACAACUUUAAAUAAUUGUAAGCCUCUUUCAGAUAUCACUAAAUUAUUAUGGCAAGCGAAAAUCGCACAGUGUUGUUACCAAAAAGCCGUAGAGAUAAAACCCGGUCACAGUGUCAUCUGGAUUGAGUAUGGAAACUUUGUUUACAUGGUUCAUUCAUUUUGUUCUCGCUUACUCAAGCAGGAGUCUAAUCUCAGCAUGGAAAAAUUUGAGAUUAUUGAAAAAAGAAAGGAAGACACUUUGGAUAUUGCUGCUAAUUGCUUUAACUCAGCUAAUAAUAUUUACUUGGGGAACAUCGAAGAUGCUGCACAGAUGCAAGAUGAAAGAUGGCUGUACCAUUACAUGCUUGCUAAAAUAGCCGAGAAGAAGAAUCAUGAUCCUCCAAUAUUUUUAGAACACUACGGCAAAGCCAGUGAAUUGUUGCACAAGAAUAAUGCUUACUAUCCCAAAAAAAUUAGUCAUAAAAAUGCUCACUAUUUGUCAAUUGAAGCUUUGGAAGUGCAUUAUCGAAUUCAUGCAAGUAUUUUGAAGCAUCUGGAGCUGUUUGAAGGUAAACCGCUGAAGAAAUCAUUGGGUGACCUGUUUUGGAAACAUUUGUUGGACUGCGCUAGCGGACCUUUCAUGCAGUUUCCUUCUGAAUUAAGCAAAAAGAAAAGAAGAGAUGAGUCGAAUUCAAAUGAUACUGAUUAUAAGAUUCCUGUUAAAAGCUCGACUGAAAAUACGACAGAAGUUGUGCCUAAAAGUCGGACUAGUUUAGAUAAACGACAGAAUAGUGUUGAGGAGAUUGCUGUUAUUGAGAAAAGCUCUGAGAGUAAAUUAAAAAAUGAUAAAAAAAGACCGCGUGAGUCAGUAAGCGAGGAACCGUCUAAAAAAUUGAAACUAAAUGAAGAAUCACAUCUGCAAUUGUGGGCUGGAGUUGUAGAAACUGUCGACGGUAUUAUUGAUAAAGUUUGUGAACUCGACUUGCAGAAUGAAACGAAUCAAAAAGAUGCUGAUGAAGUCAUGGUAAUAUCCAGCGAUGAAAGUGAUUGUGCAAGAACUUCAAAAUCCCGAAAUGAAUAUGAAAAGACACGUGCUAUGGAGAAGAGGUCUGAGGAAGAUAAUAAAAGGAAAAAUGCUCAAGCGGAAGAAUCUAGCUCGACCAAUUUGCCGGUCUAUGACAAUCAGGGAGAUGCUAAUAAAAGCGAUAGUAAAUGGCAGGCGAGUGAUAGUCCGUCUUUUGCUACUUUUGAUUUUGAAGAUAAAGACAAAGCGGUUGAAAAGAAAAAGACUGAAGCUAGCUCGACUAAGGAAGAAACUACGUUGAGCCGACGUGCUUCGCAAGAAAGUACUACUAGUACGUUAACUUCCAGCACAGCAGAAACUAAUAAUUCGAGUUAUAGCAGCAGCGAUGAGUCUAGUAGCAGUAGCGAUGAUAGCUCCAGCAGUGACAGCUCUAGUGACAGCGAUUCUGAAUCUAGCGAUAGCGAUACUGAGAAGAAAAAACGUAGUCCUAGUCCUGUUGAUAAAAAAGAAGAGUAUUAUUCUGAAGGAGAAGUCGCAAAGCUAAUUUCAUACUGUCUAGCUGGACUAGAACAGUGUGUCUUACGAUUUCCCGAACACUACAAGUCUAUCUACCGUCUUUGUCAUUUCUUCUUCAACCACAAGGUUGCUAAAGACAACGACAAAUGUCGUGAUCUGCUGCUGAGUACAUACAAGUGUCAAUAUUACACUGAUCUUACUUUCCAAGGACUUUUUGCUGAUAGAAAAUCGACCAACUUUUUCAAUGGAGUCUGGAGAAUUCCAAAUGAUGAAAUAGAUCGACCAGGAAGUUUUGCAUCGCACAUGUCAAGAUGUGUCCAUUUAUUGAUGCAGGUUCUCAAAGAAACUGAUGACAGCUGUAUGCUGAUGGAACUGUGUAUCCAGUUGCGAAAAAUUCCCGACGCCGACAAGAAAUAUGUGCGAGAUUCGGAGCGCGAGCAGCUGUCUCGACAAGCGUUUACGCUUUGUUUGCAGUCACUGCGAACACGUGUACAGUCUAUGGGUCCUCCGAGCCCAGAUACUGACCAACCUGAUCAAAUAGACUCCAGGACUCGGGUACUUUUGGAUGUAUACAGGAUUUACCAACAAGUAUCCAAGAACUUCCAGUCCAAGGAGAUGCAAGCCUUCGCUACGCUGCUUGUGGACACUUACAAAGUCUACAGAGACAUGAAAUCUUCAGUGGGUAAUCUUCUGGAGGACGCGAUGCGCUUCUGCCACCAGCAAAAUGCCAACAAGUCUAAAUUGACUGCAAGUCAAACGUCCCAGCAAGUUCAGAGUAUUCCUCCGCCAGCAGUCACGACUGCACCUUCUUCAACAACAGUGACACAGUCUCAACCGGUUCCUACCUCUCCGCAGACUUAUCAGCAGCGUAAACCCUACAAAAAUCCAGGAACUGGCAGACCACGCGGUCGUCCUCCGAAUGUCAAUAAAAAUUAUCCUAAUUUAAUGAACUCUUAUUGUAACAACGCCAGCAAAAGAUACCAAAAUUAUCUUGGUACUAAUAACCAACCGCUGAUGAAUCCAUUCUUCAUGAACCAUCCGCUUCUUGAGUCAAACGCAAUGAUGUCGAUGUUGUCCUCGGGGCUCAAUCCUAGUAUGAUGGAUUCACUAGCAGCAGUUAAUUAUUUGAGCAAUUUAAAUCAAAUGGGCAACUCUUUAGAUAUUUUGCGACAGUAUCAAAACAAUCUUCAAUCAAUGCCUUACGGUGGGUUCGGAAAUAUUCCUACAAGCUUGCCUAAUGUCAGCAGUGUGCCCACAAUGACUUCCAACACUGCUGUCGGCUCCGUUCCUUCAGUCAGUUCCAGCAACCUUGGAUCUAUCAACAGUGUAGGUAAUUUAACAGUCCAACAACUGUUGAAUCUCAGCGCUGCUAAAUCUGGCUCUGCAAUUACGACUAGUUCCACAAUCUACAACCAGUCAUCCUUCAAAACCACCACUGCAAGUUCUACCAAAGAAUUAUCUCACGGAGUUUCUAUUUCUGCUGUCGGCAGUGGAAGUCAGCAGCAAAAAUCUAAAACCAAGCAUUCAUCAAUGAAUUCUGACUUGAGUGUAAUUAGUACUAAAAAUAUGCCACCAUCUCAGCUAAAAACUGGAGUUUCAAGCAGCCAAGUUUCACUUUUGAAGCAAUCGGUGAUCCAGCAGCCAAAAACAGCGCCUCCGAAGCAAGUUUCUGCGCCACAGAUCCGAGUUUCUAAAAGCUUGACUGAGCCACAGCCUGCUCACAGCUCAUCUCUGUCAGUCUCUCCACUGAAGAGCGCAAGUCCAUCGGGUAUAAUGAAUAUACCUUCCUCUCAUCAAAACUUAGGCAACUCUGGGUUGAAUAUCACGCCAGUUCCCAUGGGGCUGGCUUCUAGAAGUGGAACCUCCUUGCAGCACAAAUUACAGAAGAAGCAAGCUCAGCAGGCAACUCUGCCCGUCAAGAAGCCUCGCACAUCCAGCAAAGCACAGCAUGCUGUAAAUAAAUUGUCGACUAUGUUAAAUAUGGCGAAUCCUGCUACUCUGAUGGGUGCUUCUUACUUGCCACCUGAACUCAGUGGGAUUUCCGUCAACCCAGUGAGCGCAUCAAUCAGUUCCAAGUCUUCAAUCAAGCCCUCGGUGCGCAAGACCUCCAGUAAGCCUAAAUCUUCGAUGGAAAUAACUAGCUCAAUGCCUUCCUCGCUGGCACAAGCCAGCAAUGCCGAAACUAUCAGCAUGCUCACUCAACUUCAACAACAACCUCAUUUGGAAAUAAUUGCACAGUCUCAGUCUAAAGCUCAUUCUAAAUCAACUGAUUUUAAUAAAAAUCCUCCGUUGUCAUUUAGUGUUGUACCGCCUAAGACUGGUGAUAUUAUUCGCACUAAUAUUCCUGAUAGUGUUUCAAUAUUUGGUAUUCCUCAAGGAAAAACAAGCAGUUCCACGUCUAAAGCCGAUAAAAAUGCUAAUGAGAAUGUUGAAAUUAUUACUUUAGAUGAUUAAACUUUAAAAAUCACGUAUCUAUCUCGGCUGCCCAAUUUCAAAACACAGUAAUUAACAUUUAAAAAUUUUUUUU